AUGGGGGACAUUCGACGUAUUCGACCGUCCACUUCUAACGAGAAAGAGCACGCGACGAUCGUAUCUACGUCACCAAAACGUCAAGUAGAUGAUACAACCGUGUUUUCUCCAUCUCUUACGCUAAUUACAAGCUCCAAGGACGCUCUUUCUGUCUCAAUAGAGACCUCAAAAGUUGAUGUGUCUGGGUCAAGUGAUAUGGGCGUUUUGACGAGUGAUUCUACAGCUUUACCGCUACAAUCCUGUCAUAAAAACUCGUAUAAGACAUUGACAACAUGCUCAAGUCGAUUUAGUGAUGGAAAAUGCCGUACAAAUGAUGAAACGACACCACUUGGGACACCACUCCCCGACGUCUCACCUGAGCGACCGCUCCUAUCUGAUUCACAGUGGGAAAAGGAGAUUGCAGGCUUUGGUUCAGUACUAAAUGAUGUACUACGCUGUGUUACAAAUCGACAAUUGGUGGCGAAAACAGCGGCCUAUAUGGCUGCGUAUCCUCAUCAUACACUACGUUUUCAGAUCAAGAUGAAGCAGCGAGCUUAUGCCGAAGAAGCACGAGGAUUCCAGGCCAAACUUAUGCUGUUUUACGUAUUGCACGAGUUUUUAAAAUCCUUUGGUGGAGAACAAUUACAGCAGGUGCAACGUGAGUGGUUCCAGACGGUGGACGAGAUCAUCAACGCUUGUGCGAGGGAAAUUCGACAUGGCGAUAAGCGAAACUUUCAGGAGAACCGGAAACGAGUAUUUAAGACACUUGCGCGUUGGGAAGAGCUCAAGCUGUAUCCUAGAAAAAUAAAGGCCUGGAAGAGCUUAGUGAUGGGAGAAUGCAAGCCACGAAGGGCCCCUGUACCACUACCAAACAGCGAAACGGAACGACAAGCUGAGACUUCUGACCAGCUUCAGCCGUUUGAACUGCCAUUGCCAUGCGUGCCUCAGGUGCAUCUUGAUCGUUCAAAAUGUCCAUUGGUCUUUGAGCGACCAAACUUUGCUAGCAAGCUUGAGGAGAAGCAGCAUUGGCGCUACACUGCUAUUGCGUUUAUUGACAUCCUAUCGCGGUGUCUCGGCCUGAGUAGUGACAUUGCGCUUACUGCUUGCAUCUUUUUUCAUCGCGUGUUUGAUCGGGGUAUUUAUGCUAGGGAGCGGUACAAAUUUGCAGCAGCGUGUCUCUUUCUAUCAGCAAAGGCAUCUAGCAAACGCAUGAAGUUGUUGCGCAUGGUGCAUGUCAUGUACAGCGUUUUGGAAACCCCGUUGGUUGCUGGCGAUGAGGAGCUGUUAGAGAUUGAGCGUUUGCAGUUGCUUUACUAUGAGAUGGAGGUGCUUCAAGGUAUUAACUUCGAGUUGACCGCGGAGAUGCCCUUCUUUUAUCUGCGUCGUACGUUGGAAAAGAUGCCCCAGAAAUACCGAAACUCCAUUAAAGACGAGGCGUUAAAAAUUCUUGAAGAACUGUUUUUUCUGCCAAUGUGUGUGGAUAUUUCGCCGCAGGUACUUGGCGAGGCUGCUGCAUACAUUGCAAUUUGGAACACGGGCAAAGAUUUCAAGUUUGAUUGGUGCAGUUCGAGUCGGGAAGGCCGCGCUUUUACCGAACGGACAGCAAAGAGUGCACUACAAAGUUUUCGAUCACUACAGAGAUGGAAAAAAAGUCAACAGACAGAAUUUGAUGCGCUUGUUCAGACGUCGAGCUCUUUGGGCGGCAACGAGGUUGCGAAUCUUAAGAAAACGUUUGAGCCGCAGAUAGGUGGUUUACGGCUGGACCCCUCCGUUAUCUUGAACGAGGCGGAAUUUACAAAAAAGAUAGAAGAGGAUUCAAAAGACUGGGUCAAGAUGGACAAGAGCAAUGGUGACAGUGAUCGGUUACGCGUAAAAAACAUAUCAAGAUGCUACAAUCGAAGUGAAAGCAACUUGAAAAAAUACAGAGAUGAAGGCGAACCGCGUAUCAAAGUGGAAAGUCGAUUUUUUGCUAAUGGUCAAGAUGAAAAGCACCGACAUGGCCACAGCGACGAUCGCGACGACGACCGUAACCAACCACGGAGUCGUAGCCAAAGCCGAAGCGGGAGUGGUUUACGUUACAAAAGCGGAAGCUGGUCAAAUGCAAAGAACGCUUGCAACGAUAGCCGAGCGCAUAGCGGAGAGCGUCGAGAUCGCGACAGGUACGAUGAUGACGCCCGUGAUGAGUACGACGACAGGGACCGAUAUCGUGAUCGCAAACGGAGAGAAGAUAGGCAAGAUUCUCGAAACAGGUUCUUUACCUAUGGCAAAGAUGACAGGGGCAACGACCGACAUAGCCGCCGUGAUCUUGAUUUUCGUCGUGAUCCCUCUUACCUUGACCGACGUGAUCGUAAGCCAGAUCGCGAUGGCGACAGUAGCCGCCGCGAUCGUGACAGUCGUAGCACCAGUCGCAGCAGCAGCCGUUCUCAAAGCCCCCGCAAUUUCUCAAGGAGCGGCAGAAAGCGCAAACGAAACUACAGCAGCCGUGACCAAGUGGGCGAGCGAAGAAAACAAGCAAGUAUGGCCCUGUUCGCUCUAGCAAUCGGAAUACUGAACGACCCUGCAUUAAGCAAGAGCGUAGUGCAGCAUAGUACAACGACAUGGGCUCUCUGGUCUUCAAAUAUCGUGCUGCAUCGGCAAGAAUUGAAGAUGGUUGGACUUAAAGAACCUCUGGUCGAUGCGGAGAAAGAUCGUGCUGCUGCUAUUCUCGAUCGACAGUAA